GUUUAAUUGCACUUUUUAGGGGGCCCCACUUCGUCCACGGAGUAGACCGACAGUUCAGGUCGGAAUUAUUACCAUUCAAGAAACUCGCAGGCCACGUUCUCUUCCUGGAAAAUAGAUCUAUCAUUUCCGAUCUGCUUCUGGUCCUACCAAAUAAGCUUACCACCGUACCGUUGGCCCGGCAUUUUGACACUUGAAGGACACAGAGCCCCGUCAUGGCCUCUCCCUUCCUAUUCCUAUACGGAGUAGGUUCACCUUUAGUCGAAGCUUCUUCCACAUGUGUUAUUUCUCGGUCUUCGCAAAGGCUAUAAUCAAAUAUCAAUCGAAAAAGCGACAAGACCGGUGGGUAUGAGAUCAUCUUCGCCUUCUGCCGCCAUUAUUUGGGAAGAACGGGAACUAUUUAUUCUUUAUCGGUCAUUAUUAGUAUUUUAUGUUUAUGUUUAUUUUUUAUUUUUUUUCAAACUUGAUCUAAUACGAGCAGUUCCCUUCAGUGUUGCCUGGAAGCCAAACAUCGGUAACCGAUCGCUCUCAGUUUGAACGAGUAGUCCCGACCGAGGUAGUCCGUAGCGUUCGAUCACCGCCUUACGAUCUAAGAUACGAUCUCAUCAAGGGACAUCUUAAGAACUGGCUUUUUCGGCAAACCAGGGAGGAAAUGAGCUCCGAGCCUACCCUUCUUACUAACCUUCGCCUAUCUUCUAAGUGGGGACUGGCCUCACCGUGUUAGAGUUACUGUACUGCCUUGGCCAUAUACCCUUUUUAAUUAUUCUGUUUGAGUUUAUUCUACCCAGAGAUGCUAUAUCCGCAGUCCCAACUAUGAACUGUGGACAAG